AUCACCAUUGCCAAAAUGUUUGGAAGCCAGAAAUUGUUUUUCUCGAUCCUCUUCCUCUCAACAGCUCUCUUUCUAACCGGAGCAGCUAAUAUUAAUAUUGGUGCGAUAGUCAACACCACUUUACGCAUCGGAAGGGAACAGAAGGUAGCGAUGGAGAUCGCAGCCCAACAUUUCAACUCCUCUUCAUCGCCAAUUUUUCUGGGUGUCAGCGAAUUAAACAGCAGCGAUCCCUUCGAAGUGAUCACAAGAGCUAAAGAUCUCAUUAGCUGGGGAGCGGAUGCAAUCAUCGGCAUUGGAACAUGGCCCGAGGUCGCAACGGUACUAUCUCUUUCCGCAACACCAACCUGGUCAUCGACCAUGCCGUUCGUGGUUCAGAUGUCGUAUCCAGCCACUGGCGAGGUGCGCUGUCUUGCUGCCAUCAUAAGAUCGUUUAACUGGAGGCGAGUCAUCGUCAUCUACGAAAAAGAUAUAUAUGGCAGUUCCUCCGGAGUCCUCGCUCUCUUUUCCGAUGCUCUUCGAGACAGUGGUUCACAGAUCGACUACCAUAUAGCCUUCCCACCAUUGCGCACAGUCUCUAACGCAACCGAUAUGAUCCGCCGAACGUUGACGGGCAUUCCGCGACACCUAUCGAAGGUGUUCGUCCUCAUCCGAUCCUCACUAGAGCUGACCGUGGAAUUGUUCCAGCAGGCAAACGAUAUGGGAAUGAUGGCCAAGGAUCAUGUAUGGAUCGUGAAUGACGACGUCACCGCCCUCCUCGACUCCACUCUCACCCCUUCCUUCAUCUCUUCCUACAUGCAAGGCGUGAUCGGAAUCAGCACCUACUUCAACACCACCACCAGCUCCUACCACGCCUUCUCUUCUGAUUUCCGGCAUCGAUUCAAGCAAGAGUACAAGCUCAAAGGGGAGCAUCUUUUCGAACCAGGGAGGCAUGCAGUCGGAGCUUAUGAUGCAGUGCACGCUAUCGCCAACGCAGCAGCAGCAAUAGCAACUAAGGCUGAGACCGGAAGUGUCACAACGUUACAAGGUAUCCUCUCGACCAACUUUCCUGGUUUGAGCGGCUUUAUAGAAUUCACAAGAGAUGGGCUUUUACCUGAGUGGAGAGGCCACUCGACCUUUCGUGUGCUAAACGUAGUAGGGAAGAGUUACAAGGACCUAGGGUUUUGGUCAGAAGGACAUGGUUUCUUUGAGAACGAAGCAGACAUAAGCCGCCCUGGGGGAGUAGUAGAUGUCUUGCGUCCAGUUUUCUGGCCGGGAGGCACAGACAAGAUCCCAGGAGGAUGGGGAACGUUGAAGAUUGGAAUACCUAAUGCCACAUCCUUCGAUCAAUUCGUUAAGGUGGAGUAUGACAAAGAUGGGAAGCUGCAGCCUACUGGAUUCUGCAUGGAUGUCUUCCGGGAGAUUCUGAAACACCUCAACUAUGAUCUAAUUUAUGAGUUCGAAGCUUUCAAUGGCUCCUAUGAUGAUCUCGUUAAUAAGGUCCCUUCCCAGGAAGUGGAUGCUGUGGUGGGGGACAUCACAAUCCUAGCAAAGCGGGCAGUGAAUGCUACGUUUACUGAGCCCUUCCUCUCAUCCGGCCUUUCCAUGUUGGUCCCUGUGAAGCCUAACCACACGCCAUGGAUGCUCACGAAGCCAUUCACCAAGGAGGUGUGGUUUCUGAUCCUUGCCACCCUCGUCUACACCGCGGGCGUCGUCUGGUACCUGGAGCGCGAGAGCAACCCCGAGUUCCACGGCACUCCGUGGGUGCAGCUCGGAGCUACGCUUUGGCUAAUCCUCUCCAGCAUCUUCUUCGCCCACGGUGAGCAAAACCGGAGCCGCCUGCCGUCGCAUAGCAUCUUCGUCUGUUUAACUUGUAACUCGAUUUAUUUUCACCGUGCAGAUAGGGUUUAUAGCUAUUACACGAAAACAGUGGUUAUAGUUUGGCUUGUCGUGGUGUUGAUCUUGACGACCAGCUUCACGGCCAACCUCAGCUCCAUUUUAAUCAUUGAGAAGCUGGAACCGGUGCCACCAGGCAGUAGGGUUGGCUGUGAUGGAGACUCGUUCGUUCUCAAGUACCUUCAGCAAGUGUUGCUCUAUAACAAGAGCAGAAUUGAGACGAUUGGCCAACCAGAAGAAUACGUCAAAGCCUUCAAGAGUGGGAACAUCACGGCGGCCUACCUCGAGACGCCGUAUCUCAGGGUCUUCCUCUCCCAGCAUCAAGAUUUCAGUGUCAUUGGGGAGACACACAGGCUCGGAGGCUUCGGCUUUGUGUUCCCUAUACAUUCUCUUCUGGCGGACGACUUCUCCGAAGUCAUACUACAACUAGAAGAGAACGGGACACUGAAAGAGCUGGAAAACAAAUGGUUCACCAUUACCUUGUCCAACUCCUCCCCACUGGACGACAAGAGGGAGAGUGACAGCCUCAGCCUGGACUGCUUCUGGGCACUUUUCCUCUGCACGGGCUGCACCUCCACCAUCGUCUUGCUUCUGAACGGGACCGGCACAUCGGUAGCAGUCCUGCGCCGAAGCUUUAUGGUGCUUUGGCGUUCCACCAGAAAUCUCAGUCCAAGAGAAGGUUUAGAGCUUCCCAUGGUGGUGCAGAUAUCUUCACACCAAGAAGAUAAUCAUCAUGCAAACACCAUUGAUAUCGUUUAAGACAAAUAUAUAUGAAAUGUAUAUACUUGUACUCAC